AUGUCUCGUUCGCGGGGACCGGGAGAGGGCGAGAAGGGCUUGGGCAAUCCUGGUUCGUUUAUCCGAUGCAGGGAAGUUGACUGGCGGACGAAAUGGGAAUGGGGCCUGCUGUUUCUGUCGAGCCAGGAUACCGACGCGCCGGGUCUCGCGUCCCAGGCAGAUCAAGUGAGGCAAGUGGAGAGGUGGAUCAACACUUUGAGAGUGACUGUCCAGAACGAAGAGAAACCGUCACUGCUGCACGCCCUCAUCCUCUAUUAUAUAAAAGAAGGCCGGUAUCGUCAAGCUUUGGAGGAGCUCGAGACAUAUUUGCCCUCUUACCCCUAUCUUCUCUCUGCAUCUCUCCACACUUAUGCUGGGUUGCUCGCCUUCUAUCUUGCCCAGCCGGCCUCGCACGUCCGACAACGUUCCCCCAGUCGAUCACAGCAACACUUGAUCGUACCCGGAGGAAAUGAGUCCUCGCCUUCUUCUUCUCCGAGAUCUUCUCGAUCACCUUCGCCUUCACCUGUCCCCCUCGGAUGGGAUCAUGCAGACUUCUCGCUCAUGGGUCGAGCGAAAGGUUGGUUCGCCAAGUCUCUAGAGAUUGAUGAGAAGGAGGAAGUUGCCAAAGAGUUUCUCAGGAUGAUUGACCACCCUGCGGCGAAUGAUGGCCCGCAGUCAGACAGUGGCGAUGACAUGGGCUCUGAGCGAGACGAGAGCGAGGCAAGUGACGGGUCUCAGCGAUACGACUUGAACGAUGAGUAUGAAUUUUCAUGA